AAGGGUAUAAAAGAAAUAGAUAAAUAAGAGAAGAUAAAGAGGGAAUAUGUCGCAAUUACAGGAGCUACAGGCACAAAUUACAAAGUAUGAACAAGCAGCGCAGCAAGCGGGGCUUCAAACGCCGCAAGGACAAGCACUUUAUCAAAAUGUUUGUCGAUUAAAACAAAAGCUUUUAGCUAUUCAAAGUGGAUCGACAAUGAAUGCUAAUAUUGAUAUUAUGAAAUCUCAAGGAAUGAUACAAGGAGUGGUACCUAUUAAUCAUGGAGUAAAACAAGCGUUAGAGGCGCAAAGUCAUUUACAACAAACAACGCAACAUUUUGUUAAAGCGAUUUCAGAGUUGAAAGAACAGCUUACGAAGAUUAAAACGGAAUUAUCUAAGCCGAAUAUUACGCAAAGAGAGAAGGAAGAAUUGGAAAAAGAGCAUAAUGAGAAGAUUACGGCGUUAAAUACGUAUCAUAUGCAUAUUCAAAAAGCUAGUCAGCAAUUCCAUCAAAUGCAGCAAAUGCAGGGUAUACAAGGACAGGAGAAUACGAUGAAGACAGGAAAUAUGCAUCAAACGAAUCCGAUGAUGCAAAAAGUUCAACCAAAUCAAGUAGCAAUGAAUAUUGCACUUCAACAACGAGCAUCAAUGCAACAAAUGAAUCCUAUAGCGAUUCAACAACAACAAAUUCCACAAGGAAACAAAAGUAAAGAGACAGUAGCGCCGGCGAUACAACAAUUUCGACAAAAUCCGGUAAAUAUUACAAAACCAUCAAUUCAGCAAACAGCAAAUCUACCGUUUCAACCGGUUUCCGGGCAAAUCGCACAAAAUCCAAAUGCACAUACAUCAUUUGAAAAAAUGCCACCUAUUCCUGAAGUUUUAAAUGUUAAACUACCCGUACCAGUGUCUAUUCCACCAUCAAGACCAACAUUAACAUCUGGUUAUACAACAACACCUUUAAUGAGUACACCUGGAAUUUCUAAACCACCACAAUACGAUAUUGAUAAUGGUAAUCGCAUAUUAAGCAAACGAAAGCUUCAAGAACUCGUAAAACAAAUUAAUCCUGAUGAACGACUUGAUCCUGAUGUCGAAGAGCUUCUUUUAGAAGUAGCAGAUGAAUUUGUAGAAUCAGUAGUUUCUUUUGCAUGUAGACUUGCAAAAUACAGAAAAUCCGAUACAUUAGAUGUUAAAGAUGUUCAACUACAUCUUGAACGUAAUUGGAAUAUUCGAAUUCCCGGAUAUACUAGUGAUGAAAUACGAAGCGUACGAAAGAAUAUUCCUUGUCAAGCAUAUCAACAAAAACAAAAUGCCAUUGCAACUGCCAAAUCAAUGAGUAAAGAAUGAAUCCUACAUUUAUACAUAAAAUUUUUGUCUAUCAUUAUCAUCAUCA